CUACUUUAAAACUCCGUGAACAGGCGUCUUGGCUGAAGCGAGAUGUCUCUGAACGGCGACUUCGACGCUUUGCUCUCCGAGAUUGGAUUCGGACGCUGGCAGAUUUCCGUCAUUCUGGCGACAGUGCUCACAGCGAAUCAGCUGGCUGUUCAUAUGCUAGGCUCGACCCUCCUAAGUGGUCCGAUGCAGUUCCGAUGCUCACCUGUGAACGGAACUAGUAUAGCAACGUCCAGUUCAACAUACUUCAAUAAUGAGUGUCUGCCUCCGACCGAACUUCAGUACGAGCCAGCUGACUCUGUUGGCCAAGUUGUCAACGCCAGCGUCCAGUACUUUCCACUGGAAUCGAAGCCAGAGUUAACUAACAUGCCGUCAUGUCCGCUGAUCGAAUAUGACAGAUCCAUAUUCACGAUAACCAUUAUUUCUGAAUGGCAUUUGGUGUGUGAUCAAGUCUCCCUGCAGCCGCUGUACCAGAUGGUGUACAACGUGGGCAGCAUCAUUGGGAGUAUAGCAUGCGGCCCCCUAGGAGAUAAGCUUGGGCGUCGAAGGGCCGUGCAGAUCGGGAGUGUGAUCUACGCCGCUGCCGUCCUGGUAAUGGGCUUCACGUCGUCCUACCCGACCGUGCUGGCCAUGCGCUGCCUGGUGGGCGUCGCAGCGCAGUGCAUGAUCCAGCCCUCGUGGAGCCUCGCGAUGGAGUCGACGCCCACGCGCUUCCGCAGCCUGGUGGGGAUGCUGCUGGGUCUGCCGUACUCCUUCUCCGUCAUCUGCCUCGCGGGCAUCGGCUUCCUCAUGCGGCGGUGGCGGUCCAUCAUGUUCAUUUGCUGCGCGCCGACCCUCGUCCUCCUCCCGCUGGUCUUCUUCAUGGACGAGUCGGCCCGAUGGCUGCUGCAACAGGGAAGGAAGGAGGAAGCUGCCGCGGUCCUUGAGAAAGCCGUGAGGAUGAAUAAGGCGGAGCUCUCCUCACCUCUCGACUCCACCUUGGAGAAAUUAGUCCAGGUCCAUUCCACUCCUGACGACAAAGGAUCCUCCCUGAGCGCGUCCUUCGAGCAGGUGAGGGCGUACCUGCGUUCCCCCGUCAUGAGGACCAUCAUCCUCGUCACGCCCCUCCUGUGGUUCCUCCAGAGCUGCCUGUACCUCUCGGUCGCCAUCAACGCCAACAACUUCAACAGCUCGAACCCCUUCCUGUACGUGUGCCUGAGCGGCUCGAUGGACACCUCAGCCAUCCUGCUCAUGACGCCCCUCAGCACACGCCUCGGGAGACGCGUCAUCGUGGGCGGCGGGAUGUUCUCGGGCGGCCUGCUCUUCCUGCUCGAGCUCCUCGUCUCGGAAGAUUACUUCUGGCUCAAAUGGGUGUUGGUCAUGGGCGGUUUCCUCUUAGUGGCGGGCUCAUUCCAGAUGAACUACGUCUACGGGCCGGAGCUGUUUCCGACAGAGAUUCGAAAUCGAGGUUUUGCAUUUGUCAACCUCAUGGGUUCCCUCGGAUUCGUUUGCGCCCCUUUCAUCACAUACAGACUGGUGCUAAUCAGGUGGUGGGUGGCAUCCGUGACCUUCGGCUGCGCUGCGAUAAUAGGGAGCCUCACCCUCCCUCUGCUGCCGGAGACGAGGAACAAGUCGAUGCCGGACACGUUGCAGGCGCUGGACGAGAGAAGGGGUAAAGGCAAGGAAAAUCCUGCAGAGACUGAGUGCAUUAAUAAGGAAAGUGAGGAGAGCAGAUUAUGAUAGGUUCUUUGUUAGCAUUUUUGCGUAUGGGAGAGAGAUGGUAAGCAUUUAUCUCUGGGAUUCUUUUCUCUCUCUCUCUCUCUCUCUCUCUCUCUCUCUCUCUCUCUCUCUCUCUCUCUCUCUCUCUCU